AUGGGCGGCGGUGGCGAAAAGUUGCCUGGCCAGUACAUGGGCUGGUGGGGAAGCCUUGGUUCUCUUCCCCAGAAGGGCGUUACCACCUACGCCCUGUCGCAGAACCGCCAGAAGCCCCUCGGCGGCGCUUUCAACGCUGCCAUCUUCAACACCUUCCGCCGUACCAGGCAGCAGAUCCUCUUCUGGGCGCCUCCCAUGAUCGCCGGUUACUCGAUUAUGCAGUGGGCCAUCGAGAGCAACGAGUACUACAACGGCAAGGAGGGUCGCGCCUUGAUGGGCGGUGAUGAGGAGUAG